GUUCAUAGCUGAUAAAAAAUUUAGUGAGGGUGACAGUAGACAAUCCCUUUUCUGCAUCUCGGUGCAAUCUGUCCUUUUCCCUUUUCUCGAUACAUAUCUAAUCGACACUAAGCAGAGAACAAAAUUGCAAAUCAGAGAGAGAGAGAGAGAGUCUAGAGAGAGAAAAAAAUGGAGGGAACCGACAGAACGGCGAUUACCGUAACGUGGCUGAAGAAGCACCGUCUGUUAUACGUCGGAGCCACCCGCCACCCUUUCAUUCUCGGAAUCCGCGACGGUUCCGUUGAUAUCUCUUCCUUCAAACGGUGGCUGGGGCAAGAUUACAUUUUUGUUAGAGCAUUUGUACCUUUUGUUGCUAGUGUUUUGCUCAAAGCUUGGAAGGAAUCAGAUGACAAAGCAGAUGUAGAUGUCAUUUUGGGCGGCAUCUCUGCUUUGAACGACGAGGUUUCGUGGUUCAAAAACGAGGCUUCGAAAUGGGCCGUUGCUCUCGACAGCGUCGUUCCUCAACAGGCUAACCUUAAUUAUUGCAGGUUUUUGGAAAGGUUAAUGAGUCCGGAAGUGGAUUACACUCAGGCAAUAACGGCGUUCUGGGCAAUCGAAACUGUUUAUCGAGAGAGCUUCGCUCACUGCUUAGAAGAAGGUUCUAGAACUCCACAGGAACUAAAAGAAACUUGUCAGCGAUGGGGAAAUGACGGUUUUGGUCAGUAUUGCAGUUCCCUUCAAAGCAUAGCUAAUCGUCGUUUGGAGAAAGCGUCCGAUGAAGUGGUGGCCAAAGCUGAGGUCAACUUGUUGGAAAUACUCGAACAUGAAGUCGAGUUUUGGAACAUGAGCCGUGGGGCGGCAGUUUGAGAAGGUAUCCUAGAUUUUAAUAAUGUAAUAAAAUGCUCUUACUUUCUUGGAUCUUUUUAUCUGGUGUGUGUUGUGUGUUUUGUGUAUAUGCACUGAGUGGAGGAGGAUCUUGUACAUAUGUUCAUCAUAAAUAUGUUAGCUUUUCUUGCAACUUU